AUGGAGGUGCUGCAGUGUGAUGGCUGUGAUUUCCGAGCUCCAUCCUAUGAAGACCUAAAAGCUCACAUUCAGGAUGUUCAUACUGCUUUUCUGCAGCCAACAGAUGUCUCUGAGGAAAACCCUAGCCAGCCAAGGUCUGGCUCCAUGAAUGCUAGCAACCAGACUGAGAUUGAAUUUUCUUCUGUAAAGGAUGAAUUUACAAUUGCAGAUGAAAUAGCAGGGCAAAAUACAACUCAGAUGGGGACUGGAAGUUAUUAUAGCCAGAGCCAAAGUUUUUAUGGUCAACAUAUGGCUCCAAAUCCUAAACCAACCAAGUUUUUCCAGUGCAAAUUCUGUGUGCGUUACUUCCGAUCUAAAAACCUCCUCUUAGAGCACACUCGCAAGGUUCAUGGAGCAGAAGUUGGGGGGACCUCAGUAGGGUCACGCACUGCUGGAUCCUUAAAUUACAACAUCCUGAUGCACGAGGGGUUUGGCAAAGUUUUCUCUUGCCAGUUCUGCACCUACAAAUCACCAAGGCGCGCAAGGAUUAUUAAACACCAGAAAAUGUAUCACAAAAACAAUCUGAAGGAGAGUUUAACUCCUACUGCUACCUCUGUUGUAUCUGAAUUGGCAUCUGCCUCUGUGCCAGUGCAGGAACCCUGCAAGGAAUUGCCUGCAGAGGUGGUAGAACGGAGCAUUUUGGAGUCCAUGGUCAAGCCUCUAACAAAGUCCAGAGGCAACUUUUGCUGUGAAUGGUGCAGUUACCAGACACCUCGAAGGGAGCGCUGGUGUGACCAUAUGAUGAAGAAGCACCGCAGCAUGGUAAAAAUACUGUCAAAUUUGAGGCAGGAACAAGACAGAACCAGUGCGCCUGAUAUGCAGAGUAAGAGUGCCCAGAAUGCCUCCCCAAACUCUAAUUAUAUCUCUAUGAAUAUGACAGGACAUGAUAUGUUGAAUGCUGAUGUCUCAAACUUCAGAAGCUCUACGGGCAGUUCCCUUAUCAGGCCUGACUCUUCUAUAUCCUCUAAGUUUUCUUCUGUGUCUUAUCCUCAAAUGAAGUCUAAAUUACCUCACAACUCGGGCAUAGUUAAUUUGUCUGACAGAUCCCGCUAUGGAGUUGCUGACAUGACAAAUUCUUCUGCUGACUUGGAAACAAACAGUAUGCUAAAUAACUCCAGCUCAGACGAAGAGCUAAAUGAAGUGGACAGCGAGAAUGGCUUGAACUCUGUGGACCACCAGACUUCAGGAAUAUCUGCAGAGCAACUGAUGGGAUCUGAUGGCAACAAACUGUUGGAAACGAAAGGGAUUCCCUUUAGAAGAUACAUGAACAGGUUCCAAUGUCCUUUUUGCCCUUUCCUCACAAUGCACCGCCGAAGCAUCUCCCGUCACAUUGAGAAUAUCCACCUGUCUGGGAAGACAACUGUAUACAAAUGUGAUGAAUGCCCUUUUACCUGUAAGAGUUCAUUAAAGCUUGGAGCUCAUAGGCAAUGUCAUGCAGGUACAACAUCAGACUGGGACACUGUGAAUUCUGAGAGCGAAAACAUUGUCUCCUCUUUGAAUGACAACACGAUUUCUUAUGAAAGUGGAAAUACAAAUGGAGGGAAGUCAGCUGGGAUGAUGGAAACAGUGCAGCAGCAACAGCAGCAGUUGCCUCAACCCCAUUCACAGCAUCCUUAUAGGUGCACAAUGUGUAACUAUUCUACCACUACUUUGAAAGGCCUCAGAGUUCAUCAGCAGCACAAGCACUCAUUUUGUGACAACUUACCAAAAUAUGAUGGACUGCCAUCCAACAUGCCACAAGAGAGUGAGGCAGAUGCUCUCACCUCUGUCAGCACAGUGAAGAAAAGCCAGACCUCAAUUCUUGGUCUUUCGUCUAAAAAUAACUUUGUUGCUAAGGUCACUCGGAAGGUGUCAAAUGACUGCCCUUUGGAUCUCUCACCAGUGAAGAAAAGAACUAGAAUUGAUGAAAUAGCAAGCAACCUGCAGAGCAAAAUAAACCAAAACAAACAGCAAGAAGAUGCUGUGAUUAAUGUAGAGGAUGAUGAGGAAGAGGAGGAAGACGAGGUGGAGAUAGAAGUGGAAUUAGACAGAGAAGAACAAACAGAACCAAUGGUGGAGGUUUCUAGUUCUUAUGCACCCCAGCAAAUGUGGGGGAGAGAGACUAAUGAUUCUCAGAAGGAUACAAACUUGCAUCAUGAUUAUAAUUCCACCAAUGGAGCAGAGAUCGAGCUUACUUUAUCUGAAGAUGAGGAAGAUUAUUUUUCUUCCAUUAACAUGAAAGAUCAACAGAGCCCUAAUGCCCCUGUUCUGGGAAGCCAGCCAAAUAUGUAUGGCCCUGAUCAGAACAAUGAAAAUGUGGAGAUUAAUGACUCUGGUAGGCUUUACUAUUGUAAACACUGUGAUUUUAGCAACAAAUCUGCCAGGAGUGUUAGCACCCAUUACCAACGGAUGCACCCCUACAUAAAAUUCAGCUUUAGGUAUAUCUUGGAUCCCAAUGAUCACAGUGCAGUAUACAGAUGCCUUGAGUGUUAUAUCGACUAUACGAACUUUGAAGACCUGCAGCAACACUAUGGAGAGCAUCACCCUGAAGCUAUGAAUGUAUUGAACUCUGAUCACUCGGAUCUUAUCUACCGCUGUCGCUUCUGUUCUUACACUAGCCCAAAUGUUAGAAGCCUGAUGCCACAUUACCAAAGAAUGCAUCCAACAGUGAAAAUUAACAAUGCAAUGAUAUUUUCAAGCUAUGUUGUUGAGCAGCAAGAGGGGCUAAACACAGAGUCCCAGACACUGAGAGAGAUCUUGAAUUCUGCUCCAAAAACUAUGUCAACCUCCACCCCUGUGGCUCAUGGGACUACUAUGUCAGCAAGUUUUAACAAAAGUGCCACAAAGAGUUUUAGUCCUCAAUGUGAAAAUCAGAAGGCACCUUCGGUCAAUUCUCUGGUUGUUUAUGACUGUGAUGUGUGCUCAUUUGCAAGCCCUAACAUGCAUUCAGUUCUGGUGCAUUACCAGAAAAAACACCCUGAAGAAAAAGCAUCAUAUUUCAGAAUUCAGAAGACCAUGCAUAUAGCUUCUGUUGACAGGGGCUCUGCCUUGGCUCAAAUGUCUUUUGAGAUGGGGAUGUCUGUCUCCUCAAAACUGUCCAACUUGGCUUCUCAACCAACACCUCCCCCACCACUGCCCCCAGACCUUGCUCCUGAACUCUACUAUUGCAAACACUGUUCAUACAGCAACCGUUCAGUUGUGGGAGUGCUUGUCCACUACCAGAAAAGGCAUCCAGAAAUAAAGGUCACUGCCAAGUACAUCAGGCAGGCACCCCCUACUGCAGCAAUGAUGAAGGCUGGUGAGCUGCCACCUGGGAUUCAGAAACUGCCAGUGUCAGUGCAGCAGUUGAGCCGGGGCAGUUCCGAGUGCUCCGUGAAUCCCCUUGAGAAUGAAAUGUUCUUCUGCCAGCACUGCGAUUAUGGAAACCGGACCGUGAAAGGUGUGCUCAUUCAUUAUCAAAAGAAGCAUCGUGAUUUCAAAGCCAAUGCAGAUGUGAUUAGGCAGCAUACAGCCACCAUUAGAAGCCUUUGUGAUCACAACCAGAAGAAAUCAUCUGGCAGCCUGCCUGCUCACACCUCCAGAACUGAACAGAACAAGACAAAGCCGAGAGCCCUCAAAUGUAGGCAGUGUAGCUACACAUCGCCUUAUUUCUAUGCGUUGAGGAAGCAUAUUAAGAAAGACCACCCGAAUCUGAAGGCCACGGUCACGUCCAUUCUAAGAUGGGCAUUUUUGGAUGGCUUGAUAGAAGCUGGUUAUCACUGUGAAUGGUGCAUUUAUUCACAUAUGGAACCAAAUGGUUUGCUUGUGCAUUACCAAAGGAGACAUCCUGAACAUUAUGUUGACUAUACAUAUAUGGCAGCUAAACUCUGGGCAGGUCCGGAUCCUUCCCCUCCUACCCUAGUGAUGCCAACAGAGGCAAAGACCUAUAAAUGCAGAGACUGCAUUUUUGAAGCAUCUUCCAUUUGGGAUAUUACUAAUCACUACCAGGCUUUUCACCCUUGGGCUAUGAAUGGGGAUGAAUCUGUAUUGUUAGAUAUCAUUAAGGAGAAAGAUGCUACUGAGAAAAUUGGCACACAGCUUAAUGAAGUUAGGGCCAGGAUUAAUUCUGAAAACCAGGUAGCAUCACAGAUGGACCAGGAUGUGGAGGACCCCAGCCUUUCCCAGGAAAAAACUAUUCAGCUGGCUUCUGCAAACCCUUCCAUCUCCUUCACUCCAUAUCAGUGUACAGUUUGCCAGUCUGAGUACAAUAACUUGCAUGGCCUCCUGACACAUUAUGGCAAAAAGCAUCCUGGCAUGAAAGUGAAAGCUGCUGACUUUGCACAGGACAUAGACAUUAACCCAGGGGCUGUGUACAAGUGCAGACAUUGCCCAUACAUUAACACUCGCAUUCAUGGUGUCCUCACACAUUACCAGAAACGGCACCCAUCAGUAAAGGUCACUGCUGAAGACUUUGUGCAUGAUGUAGAACAGUCAAAAGACAUUGCCCAGAAUGACAUGGAAGAGACGAGUAGGAUUUUCAAGCAAGGUUAUGGUGCAUACCGGUGCAAACUAUGCCCUUACACCCAUGGCACACUAGAGAAGCUCAAAAUUCACUAUGAGAAAUAUCAUAAUCAGCCUGAAUUUGAUGUUUUUGCUCAGUCACUGCCAAAUGUGUCUGCCUCAGUGGAGCCAGACAUGGUAGCUGAAAUCAAGGCCUCCCCAGAAAUUGCUGAUGAUGGUGUUGGAGAAGUCUCUAUCUCAGCACCUCAUUUCCCCAGUUCUCACUUAUUGUCUCACACAGUGUUCCGGUGUCAACUCUGCAAAUACUUCUGUUCUACCCGGAAGGGGAUAGCCAGGCACUACCGCAUCAAACAUAAUAACGUUCGGGCACAACCAGAAGGCAAGAACAACCUCUUCAAGUGUGCUUUGUGUUCCUACACCAACCCUAUCCGCAAAGGGCUUGCAGCACACUACCAGAAAAGGCAUGACAUUGAUGCUUACUACACUCAUUGUUUAGCAGCCUCCAGGACAGUAAGCGACAAACCCAAUAAAGUGAUCAUUCCAUCUCCUCCCAAAGAUGACACUCCUCAGUUAAGUGAGGAGCUGAGGAGGGCUGUGGAAAAGAAGAAAUGCUCGCUUUGUUCCUUUCAAUCGUUUAGCAAAAAAGGUAUUGUGUCCCACUACAUGAAGCGUCACCCUGGUGUUUUCCCUAAGAAGCAGCAUGCGAGCAAGCUGGGGGGUUACUUUACUGCUGUGUAUGCUGAUGAACAUGAAAAGUCAACUCCAGCUGAGGAAAGGAAUGACUUUGAAAAGCCUGAGGUGGAGAGCGAGGCUCAGGAAACUGAGUGGCUUCCCUUCAGAUGCAUAAAAUGUUUCAAGCUGUCCUUCAGCACAGCAGAGCUGCUGUGCAUGCAUUACACUGAUCACCACAGCAAGGAUUUGAAGAGAGACUUUACCAUACUGGGAAGUGGCACCUGCUCUCAUAAUGCUGUCUACCAGUGCAAGCACUGUGAUACUAAAUUGCAUAGCACAGCAGAGCUGACCUCACACUUGAAUCGUCACAAUGAGGAAUUCCAGAAGCGUGCCAAACGUCAGGAGAGGAGGAAACAGCUUUUGAGCAAGCAGAAAUAUGCAGAUGGUACUUUUACAGAUUUCAAACAAGAGAGGGCUUUUGGACAUUUGGAAGAUGCUUCAAAACUUAAGGAGAGGAAAGUAGUUGGCUACAAAUGUAAAUUUUGUGUGGAAGUUCAUCCAACGCUUCGAGCCAUCUGUAAUCAUCUGCGUAAGCAUGUCCAGUAUGGGAAUGUUUCUUCUGUGUCAGCUACAGUAAAGGGUCUGCGAUCUCAUGAGAGGAGUCACUUGGCUCUGGCCAUGUUUACCCGGGAAGACAAGUACAGCUGCCAGUAUUGCUCCUUUGUCUCUGCUUUCAGGCACAA